AUGGUGUCGCCGACUUAUUGCAAUACACCCCCUCUCCCCUCUCUCUCUCUCUCUCUCUCUCUCUCUCUCACCAUUGUCCGCCGUCCGUCUGCAACAUUCCAAUCCUCCUCUCUUUCUCUCUCUGACGCGUCAAAUACAACUCACCGGUGGCCAACUCAGCCUGUUAUUCUCCAAACUAUUACCUUUUCAUCCACACAUAUAUAUAUAUAUAUAUAUAUAUUCUCUUUCUCUUACCAGUUGCUAUAUACAUUCUCUCUCUCUUACCAGUGCAACUGUGUUUAGUGCAGGUGCUUCUGUAAUUGGAAAGCUUGUUUAAUUUGGCUGCAGUUGGUUGAAAGUUAGAGUUUUUGAAUAUUUCCGGCUCAAUUUGGGAGUGCUUCUGUGGAGCUCUGAGGAACCAAAAAUGUCAAGGAUAUGUGUGAAGAAUUUACCCAAGCAUGCAACAGAGGACCGCCUUCGAAAUUUCUUCUCCCAGAAAGGAGAAGUUACAGAUGCCAAGCUUAUGCGCACCAAGGAUGGAAAAAGUAGGCAAUUUGCCUUUGUUGGGUUUCGUACAGCGCAUGAAGCCGAAGAGGCUAUCAAGUACUUUAACAAAUCGUACCUUGACUCUAAUAGGAUUACUUGUGAGGUUGCCCUUAAAGUUGGGGAUCCAGGUAUUCCACGUCCUUGGAGUCAGUAUUCCUUGAAGAAAGAAAACAAAACAAUUGAAGAUGGGAAGACUGGUACUAAAAGUUCAAGCCUUUUGAAGUCAGAUAAAAGGGGAAAAAAUCUUGGAAAGGAUAGUGGUAAUGAUGAUCCUCAACUGCAAGAAUUUCUUGAGGUUAUGCAGCCGCGGGUCAAGUCAAAAUUGUGGGCAAAUGACACAUCUAUAACUCCAGCUGCGAACCAACUUGUUAAAGCUAAUAAGAAGCAAACUCAAAUAGAAAAGAAAAGAUCAGGGAAAUCAGAUCUUUUGCAUAUGGAGUCUGAUGAAAAUAAGAUGGAAGAUAGAUUAUCAGAUCAGCAAGUGGCUAAAACUUCACAAAAUCUUGUCCAUGAUGAUGUUGUUUCAGAUGUGGAUUACUUCAAGAGCAGAGUUAAGAAGAGUUGGUCCGAUUCAGAUAGCAGUGACAGCAAUGAUACUGAAAAGGAUGAAGAUAGUAGUGACAGUGAUGAUGCUGAAAAGGAUGAUGAUGAAUCAUUAAACGGAAACCUCAAAGGUGAGGUUGUUCAAAAAAGAGCUCCACGUGGAAGGCACAAUACCCUUGAAGAUGAUGCCUCUGAAGAAGAGGCCAGAGAUGAAGGUCCUCCAGAAGAUUUUGAUGCUGAAGUACUUGACCAAGGAAAGACAUCACGUUUGGAAUAUGAGAAAGGAAAAGUACUUGAGAGUGGUCGUCUUUUUGUCCGUAAUCUACCAUAUACAACAACUGAAGAGGAAUUGGAAGAGCUCUUUGGCAAAUUCGGCACCGUUUCAGAGGUCCAUAUUGUUGUUGAUAAGGAUACAAAACGAUCAAAAGGAAUUGCUUACAUCCUUUACACUCUUCCAGAGUUUGCUGCAAGGGCGAUAGAGGAAGUAGACAAUUCAAUUUUCCAAGGCAGGCUGUUGCAUGUUAUGCCAGCAAAGCUAAAAAACCCAUCUGAUAAGCUACAGACUGAUGCUUCAGCAAGCCAAGGUUCAAAAACUUUCAAGCAACAGAGAGUGGAAGAGAGAAAGGCAUCUGAAGCUAGUGGAAACACAAGAGCAUGGAAUACUUUGUUCAUGCGCCCUGAUACUGUUGUUGAGAACAUUGCUAGGAAAUAUGGUGUGAAUAAGAGUGAUUUACUUGAUGGGGAAGCUGAUGAUCUCGCUGUGAGGCUUGCUUUGGGAGAAACUCAAGUGAUAGAAGACACAAAAAACUCACUUAUCAAUGCUGGAGUAAAUGUAAACUCUUUGGAGGACUUUGCGGCUGGAAAAACUGAUGGUAUGAAAAGAAGCAACCAUGUUUUGUUAGUGAAGAACUUGCCUUUUGGUUCUUCUGAUGGUGAACUGGCUAAGAUGUUUGGGAAAUUUGGGAGUUUGGACAAAAUCAUUUUUCCUCCAACGAAGACAUUGGCCUUGGUUGUUUUUCUUGAACCUGCUGAAGCUCGUACUGCUUUUAAAGGAUUGGCAUAUAAGCGUUACAAGGAUGCCCCAUUGUAUUUGGAAUGGGCACCAGCCAAUAUUCUCAGUGAAAGUUCAACAUCUGGUGACAAUAAAAUGAAUGUUCCUAUUGUUGGUGAACAUGAUGCCAAAAAGGCUAUAUUGGAGCAACAUGUGGAAGGAAUAUCAGAUGUGGAUGUUGACCCUGAUAGAGUCGAGUCACGUUCCCUAUUUGUCAAGAACCUGAAUUUUAAGACAUCCGAUGAUAGUUUGAAGAAGCAUUUUAGUGAGCACAUUAAGGAGGGAACACUUUUAAGUGUCAAGAUAAAGAAGCACCUGAAAAAUGGGAAGUAUGUCUCAAUGGGUUUUGGUUUUCUUGAGUUUGAUUCUAUGGAGACUGCCACAAACGUGUUGAAGGACUUACAGGGAACUGUUUUGGAAGGUCAUGCGCUUAUCUUGCAACUUUGUCAUGCCAAGAAUGAUGAACAAGUGCUGAAAAAAGUUGAGAAGGAUAAAAGUUCAACUAAAUUACUUGUGAGAAAUGUAGCUUUUGAGGCAACAAAGAAAGAUCUGAGACAGCUAUUUAGUCCAUUCGGCCAGAUUAAAAGAUUACGACUGCCAAUGAAGUUCGGAAAUCAUAGAGGAUUUGCUUUUGUGGAGUUUGUUACGAAGCAAGAGGCUCAAAAUGCCCUUAAAGCACUUUCGAACACCCAUCUUUACGGUCGACAUUUGGUUCUAGAGAGAGCGAAAGAGGGUGAGAGCUUGGAGGAAUUACGGGCUCGAACCACUGCUCAGUUUGCUGAUGAAGAGAAUGAGUUACAAAACCCAACCAAAUUGUCUAAGAAGAGGAAACAAAUGGCCAUCUUGGAUGAGAGUGAAAUGAAAUUUCAAAGGAUUGCAGAUUAGUGCUUGAGUGACUUUUUUUGUAUAAAUUAAUUUGGUACUUUGUAUUUGUUAUAGUUUUAGGUUACAAAUUAUACCAGCCCCAUUUUUCUUAUUAGGAGCUGGUUUUUUAACACAAGUAUUUUAGGUAAAAGUUGAGUUCAAGGAAAUAGAAGCUAUUAUAUGUUUUUUUUUUUUUUUUUUUUCUCCUCCCCUUGCAAAUUAACUGAUACUGAAUUCAAGAGAGUUCUAUGGUUUUAAAGAGGAUUUACAGCGGCA